AACGCGGGCGACGACCCCUCGGUUCCCCUGCACGUGCUGUCGCGGCUCGCCAUCAACUCGGACCUGUGCUGCAGCCGCCAGGACCUGGAGUUCACCCUGCAGUGUCUGGUGCCUGACUUCCUGCCGCCCAUCGAGGCAGCCGACUUCGGUGCGCGACUGGGACGGCAGCUCGUGUGCCUCGAGCGGGUCACCUGCUCGGACCUAGGCAUCAGCGGCACCGUGCGCGUGCGCAACGUGGCCUUCGAGAAGCAGGUGGCGGUGCGCUACACCUUUUCCGACUGGCGCAGCACCCACGAGGCUGUGGCCAGGUGGCGGGGCCCCGCGGGUUCUGAGGGCACUGAGGACGUCUUCGCCUUUGGCUUCCCAGUGCCACCCUUCCUGCUGGCGCGAGGCUCCCGCGUGCACUUCGCAGUGCGCUACCGCGUGGCCGGCGCUGAGUACUGGGACAACAAUGAUGGUCGCGACUACAGCCUCACCUGCCGCAACCACGAGCUGCACAUGCCCCGAGGGGAGUGCGAGGAGAGCUGGAUCCACUUCAUCUGAGCCUCGGGCCAGGGACCUGGCGCUCCUGCUCCCAAGCCAACCUGCGGUCACUUCGUAGCUGGGCGCUCACAGAAGAGGCAGCUGCUCUUCCCUGCGCUCCGUCCCCACACCUAAGUCUGACCUCACGUCCUGCUGCAAGGACCCCUGGCAGUGGCCAUCCUGCCAUCUACUUGAAACGUCUGUGUCAGCUGUAAAAUGUAGUCUCCGGUGGCGAGAGGCCUAGUGUGUACCAUGCUGGGGACGUGCUGGGUGGGUAGGUGCAGGAGUGCUGGGCUCUCUGAAAGGGUUCUGACUGGGUUUCUGGGAAAGGCCUGCAUCCUCCCCGCUAGGAAGGCCUGAUUGCUUUUGCAUGGGUCUCUAUAAACAUAGAGAUUGGGUCUCUAUAAACAUAGGUGUUAUUUAUUAUUGUGAUGCUGGGACCUUUGAUCCCUAGUGGUUGCCUUCCCGGGAGCAUUCUGGAUUUAAUAAGCUAAAAGAGAAAUCAGUUUGUGUAUUUGUGCCCCAGUGUGACCCCCAUCAUGGUUCCUUGAAGCAUUUUUUUCCUGCCCUGGGACAAGGAAAACCCGAGCUUGCCAAUGUUUGUGGACUUCUCACCGUGCAAAACUAUUAAUAGGCAAGCAGUGUAUGCCCCAUCAGUCAUCACAACCAUUCCUGGGAAUCCAGGCUGCCCUGGCGAAGCUGUGUCUCCUACAUCACAGCUGAGAACGAGGAAAAGCUUAAAAUGUUAGCAAAACAGCCUCAGUGUCUCUUCUCACAUCUCGCACUUCUCUUGCACCUAUUUGAUAAUCACAUAUCCACAUGUUAUCAGGCAAUUAAUUCUGUUUAGGCUUGAAACUACCUAAACAGGAUAAGAAACUCUGCCUUAAGUUAUUAAAAAUUUCAGGCACAACGCCCUUUUCAAUUACCUUUUUGAUGAUCAAGAUGACUCUUUGUCUUCUUAAGUGUCAGACGAUUCCAGCAGUCAUCUUUCAGAAGUGAGGAUGCCAAGUGGAAUUAGAAAGUUUUUUCAACAAUAGCCAGAACACUGGAGGAAAAAUAAUUCACAAGUAUUUAUACUUUUUAAUUGUUUUAAAUUGUAUUUAUAUAUGCCUAGGUUUUAUUUUAAAUUAUAUUUAUAUGUACCUGGUUUUAUCAGCUACCUGCCAACUUAAUUCUUUGUGCCUUCAGAUCAGAGAGUUUCUAACAUUGUUGAAACUUGUUUCCCAGUUUUAAAAUGUUAAAUGCUUUUCUUCUUUCUUUUCUUUUUUUAUUUUAUUUUUUUAAAUAUCUCCAACUAAG